AUGGAAGGUCCAUUGUCAAAAUGGACUAAUGUUGUCCAUGGAUGGCAAUAUAGAUGGUUUGUACUGAGAGAUGACGCAUUGUACUAUUAUACGUCUAAAGAGAAAAUGAUGAAGGGACAACAGCGUGGAUGCAUUCGUCUGCGUAGCGCUGUAAUUGGUAUUGAUGGUGAGAAUAAUUCCUUGUUUACAGUUACGGUUGAUGGCAAAACAUUCCAUCUUCAGGGACGAGAUGAAGUUGAACGAAAUAAUUGGAUUCGUGCUAUAGAAACAAUUAUUCACCAGCAGAACGGUUAUUAUCGUAUAGUUCCAUCAAAUUCACCAAUGAUUUUAAAAGCAAAAGCUGUUGAAGCGGAUAAGCAUCUACAAGAUAUGAUUAAUGAGGUUCGACAUCUAGAAGGAUUGUCAUUAUCAGCAAAUUCUGAUAUAUUGAAGUCAAUAGAUGACUUGGUGAAAUCAGCGAACAGUUUGUUGGAUACAGUAAAGCAUGCAGUGAUUUUGCUUCAGAUGGCUAGGAGUCAUAUAGAGGGUAUUUCGUUAUUGGAUUUAGAUGUUGGUGAUGAAGAAUCAUCUCAGAGUUCGGCGAAAGUUAUAGUCCCUCCAAUUUCAUACUCAAGUAGUGAAGAUGAAUAUUUCGAUGCUGAAACUCCGAUUGAUGAUGAUAAAUCAUUGCCUGUUGAUGAUUCUUCAAAUGGCUCAGAAAAUUCAGGGUUUCAUAGUAAUCCAGGAAAAAAAAGUUCUCGAUCGAAAAAAAGGUCCACUGAUGAACCAGACUUUGGAGAUGAUAAUGAAAAUUUCGAUGUUAUUUAUGAAGAUGCUGAAGAACAUGAUGUUGGUAAUGUACAGCAACAACAUGGUUCUAUACUUAUGCAUCUUCUUUCUCAGGUCAGUGUUGGAAUGGAUUUGACAAAAGUAACACUGCCAACAUUUAUUCUUGAACGACGCUCUCUUCUUGAAAUGUAUGCGGAUUUUUUUGCACAUCCUAACAGUUUUAUUAUAUCUACCGACAUUCCGUCUGCAGAAGAACGUUUUAUUUCUGUGGUUCGAUAUUAUUUGGGAUCAUUUUAUGCAGCUCGUAAAAGUGGAGUUGCUAAAAAACCAUAUAAUCCUAUUUUAGGAGAAACAUUUCGUUGUCGAUGGCAAACCCCUGGUUUGAAAAAAGCUAUGGAACUAACUAAACGUGGUCCUUUUCCUGGAUCCGAUCUCAAUGACUUAACAUUUGUAGCAGAACAAGUUAGUCAUCAUCCGCCCGUUUCGGCCUUUUAUGCUGAAAAUGUUGGUAAGAAAAUUUCCUUUACAGGACACAUCUGGACGAAGUCUUCAUUCCUGGGACUUUCUAUUGGAGUCACCAAUAUUGGUUGGGGAACCGUGAAAUUGCAUGAACACGAUGAAGAAUAUGUGUUAACAUUUCCAAAUGGUUAUGGACGUUCCAUCAUGAGUACGCCUUGGAUUGAAUUGGGUGGGAAAAUAACCGUCAAUUGCAUUAAAACCGGAUAUUCAGCUGAAAUCGAUUUUCUAACAAAACCAUUUUUUGGUGGAAAGGCUCAUCGUAUAAGUGGGAACAUUUAUCGUUCAGGCUUUAGGAAACCCAUUCUUACAGUAAAAGGGGAAUGGAAUAAUAUAAUAUUUGCGAAACCAAUAAAUGGUGAAGAAUAUGUGUUUGUUAAUGUAAAGCAAUAUCCAGAAGUUAAAAAGGAAUGUGAACCUGUUGCAAAGCAAGGUGAUAGGGAAUCGCGUCGUUUAUGGAGGCAUGUUACAGUUGCAUUGAAGAAAAAUAAUUUACACAUUGCUACUGCUGCAAAAAAGUGGAUUGAACAAAGACAGAGAGAUGAAGCAAAAAGACGACAGGAACAAGGAAUAGUUUAUCAUCCGCUAUUAUUCAUUAAAGAAGGGGAAGGCUGGAGGUAUAAAGACGAGUUACGAUAA